AUGGACGCGAAGAAGCGGAAGAACUUGGAUUUGGCGACCAAAGCCGACAUCAUUCGGUGCGUGGAGGCUGGAGAAAAAAAGUCGUCGGUCGCAGAAGCAUUCGGCAUUCCUCGGAGCACGCUGAGCACGAUUCUGCGGAACAAAGCCGACGUAAAGGCGAAGGCGUCCCAGUCGUGCCAUUCUCAGGCUUGUCGUGUGCGUGUUCCUGCGUACGACAAAGUUGAGAAAGCGCUGUACGCCUGGUUUUUGGAGACUCGGGCGAAAAACAUUCCUAUUGACGGCCCGAUGCUGAUGGAAAAAGCAAAGUGGUUUGCUGCGGCCUUGGGGGUAGACGGCUUCACUGGUGGCACCGGCUGGCAGCAGCGCUUCAAGACUCGCUACGGCAUCGUUGGAAAGACCCUGUCCGGCGAAAGCGGCGCGACAAACAGCCAGGACACGGAGAAGUGGCUCUCCGAAGAGUGGCCGAACAUUCGCGACAACUUUGCGCCGUCGGAUAUUUACAACGCCGACGAAACGGCGCUGUUCUGGCAGAUGUUGCCGAACAAGACGUUGGACUUGAAAGGCACCUCGUGUCAUGGGGGAAAGAUGAGCAAAGUGCGCGUCUCGAUUUUGCUCGCGGCGGACAUGGAUGGCUCCUGCAAGCUGCGGCCGUUCGUUAUCGGCAAGAGCAAGUCGCCGCGCUGCUUCAAGAACGCGAAGAGCCUCCCAGUCCGAUACGCGUUCAAUAAGAAAGCGUGGAUGACGCGGGGCCUUUUUUCCGAAUGGAUUCGCGCAUGGGAUGCCGAAUUGGAAAAGUCAGAUAGAAACAUUUGUCUUCUGGUGGACAAUUGUUCCGCGCACCACGUCGUCAGCCAGAUGAAAAGGAUAAUUGUCAAGUUUUUGCCACCCAACACCACGGCAAGGUUGCAGCCUCUCGAAGAAGGCAUCAUCAAAGCAUUCAAGGUCGGAUACAGGCGACGUCUGGUGCAACGGCUCCUGAUAAACCUUCGGUUGGGGAUCGAACCGAAAAUCGACCUCCUUGGAGCGAUCCAGAUGAUAACUGGGGCAUGGAAUGAUGUGAAAAAAAAAACACAGUCGUAA